AUUGCAAGCUGCGCCUCGAUCGCUCUCAAUAUAUAAAAGUCAAACCACAACGCCGGCCUAUAUUACGACACCUGCUGCUGCUAAGCAUCCUCUUCCUCCCGCUCCAGCCUCUCUCCUUCCUCGCUCUCUCGACGCACACGAGAAGAAGAGCGAGAGACGGGGAGGUCGCCGCAGCCACUUCCGCCAUGCUCCUUGCAGCAGCUCACGCUCAUGGCAGCGGCAUCCAGCCGGCGGCACCACCCUCUCCGACGAAGCGACGGGGCUGCUGCUACACGAGGAGGGAGCGCGGGCUUUCCGCCGUGCGGGCGGUCAUGGCGAGGCCGCAUCAGGACGUGGUGGCGGCGCCACCACCGGCCAGCAGGAACAUGGUGACGGCGGCGCCACCGUCGCCACCGCCACCGGUGAGGGAGACGACGACGACGGUGUACCGCGACAACUGGUUCGACAAGCUGGCCAUCGGGUACCUGUCCCGGAACCUUCAAGAAGCUUCCGGGCUGAAGAACGGAAAGGACGGCUACGAAGGCCUGAUAGAGGCGGCCCUCGCCAUCUCCGGGCUGUUCAGGGUUGAUCAGCAGUGGCAGACUGUGGCCACCGCUCUGGAACGCGCGUUCCCCAGCUACAUCCUCACAAUGAUCAAGGUGAUGAUGCCGCCUUCAAGAUUUUCCCGGGAGUACUUCGCAGCCUUCACCACCAUAUUCUUCCCUUGGCUCGUUGGACCAUGCGAGGUCAGGGAAUCGGAAGUUGAUGGAAGGAAAGAGAAGAAUGUGGUCUACGUCCCCAAAUGCAGAUUUCUGGAAAGCACCAACUGUGUUGGGAUGUGCACGAAUCUUUGCAAGAUCCCAUGCCAGAAGUUCAUCCAAGAUUCACUCGGCACGGCUGUCUACAUGUCUCCCAAUUUUGAGGACAUGAGCUGUGAGAUGAUCUUUGGACAGCAACCUCCUGAAGAUGAUCCAGCACUGAAGCAGCCCUGCUUCCGUACAAAAUGUAUUGCAAAGCAGAAUCGUCAAGUGAAUUGCUCUAUUUGACUUGAGAGGAAAUGUAAAUUAUUAGACUAAAUAUCAGUAAAAUGCCCAAAGUUCCAUGCA